AUGGCCGAGCCGGUCUCAAGCAUAAUUACCAUCGCACUGCUCGGAGUUGCCGUCGUCAGAGGAUGCAAGACCUAUAUUGACGCUGUGCGGGAGGUAGACGAACUAGUCGACCGGCUUUCCCGCAAAGUAACGGACCUGCAUAGAAUGGUCAGCUUCCUCAACUCAAGAUACCAGGAAGCCGAGCAUGACAGCGCUAGCGAGCAGUCACUUAUUGUACGCGGAAAGAUCACGCAAUGUCGCAAUAAAUUUCGAGAGAUCAAGCCCAGGAUAUUGGAAUUGAAAGCUCGGAGUACGGAGAGUUUUGUCGACAAAAUCUACUUGGAACGCAAGAUGAAUACGGUAGCCAAAGACAUCGAGGUUGCGGUCGAUGAGAUACGACAAUGCCUGAUGGACAUCAUUCUAGUCACUGGAGUCUGUUCGCAACUUGAAUUCACCUCAUAUAUGCGCCGUGCUUCAGAAUCUACGGCAGCACCACCCAUUCCACGAGACAGUAUCCACAAUCAAACCGUUGAAGACGAUUCCACCGUGCUCGGCAGGUGGCUCUCAAACGCGGAAACCAUCUUAGAGCCAGUACAGAUCCGUAGAGACUCGACCACGACUUCUUCAUCGCGCCCCUCCGUCUCUUCCUUAUCUUCAAAAGAUAUUCUAGCUCAACCGGACGCCGAUGAUGAAAGCAUACUCUCAGCACAAACACCCGUCACCUUAGAUCCAAGCGAAGAUUGGAGGGAUUUUCACAAAACGGUAUUGCGAUGCGAGGAUGGCUCUGCUCUGAUUAAAGAGGUCAAUAUAAUGCUGGAGAAGCAUCCACAGCCGAGUGCACUUGUCAACAUCCUGGGGGACCACCAACGCGCCCCCCUUCAUCUCGCAGCCAUGCGCGGCAAUGUUGAGCUUGCCCACAUUCUACUCAACUUUGGUGGGGACAUCCACGCUAAAGAUACCGAACCCGCUUCUGUACUCGAUCACGCUCUCGCGAACAAACAAGUCGACUUCGUUACCCUUCUACUCGACAAAGGGGUGGAUGAGACGGCGAUACUAGAUCGAAACAUGGACCAGUUGAAGGAGAUAAAAGGUAUCAUUGCUUUCAGAAAGACGCGGGAGCAAGACCCUUCACGGGAAAAGACAAGAAAAUCCAGUUGGGGCUUCGGAAGAAGGCGCUCGAAGUGA